GACUCGACCCAUACGUUCCUCCGCUCCAAUCAAGGGUCAAGUCUAUCUCCCUUGCCGGCGCCGGCGCUUAAACCCUUCUGAAAAAUCUGAGUUUCCCCAUAACUUGUCGCGCAUUACAACUGAAAAUUGUCCAAACCCAGGUUCGAGAUGUUCAUCAGAUGUCGUCACUUGAAGAAAAUUUCGCGGCUUUCUUCUCGGUUUGUCCCAGGGAAUCCUUGCGACCGUUUCCGGCGAUCCUUUACUGUGUCUGCCGCUUCUUUAGCUCCUUUGUCUGCUACAGAUACAGUCAUUGUCCCCAAGCCAUUGCUCGGAGAAAAUUUUUCUCGCGGGUUCUCAACAAUACCUCAAGUAUCACAAGCUUCUUCUCAACAUGUUGAUUUACUUUCCUACAUUAAAUCUGCCAUUGAUGAGCUUCAAGGCCCUUCUCAUUAUUGGCUUAACCUAGAUAAGGAAAAUAAAAGGUUCUUCAAUAGAAAAGCAACCUAUCUAGUAGUGGCAGGGCAGUGGCUAAAUGGAAUUAGUGACUUGAACAGUGUGGUUGAGAAUGUGAAGUUGCUUCAGCAGAGGUUUCCAGAUGUCUAUUUCGUGGGCAUCAAUUUCAGUAAUCAAGCUCGAACUGUUGAUGAUAGAUUCGAGUUAUAUAAUUUGAUUGUGAAGGAGUACCUUACGUUUCCUAUGUUACUUUCUGAGAAAGAAUUCCCUGAGGCCGCUGGGGAAGUAUGCUACAUCAUAUCCAGAGAAUUUGAGAAUCCUUUAAUUUACCAUGAGAAGGACCUUGAUAUUUCCGUCCUGAGCAGAGCACUUGAAGAGUCCCUCGCACACGAUAAUGAGAAACCCAAGUCUGUCAAACUUUUCUCAAACACUUGGUCAAAACAGGCUGAUAACAUCAAAGAAUCACAUUUCUGUUCUCCUUUCCAGGACUUGCUUCUUUACUUUCCAGGCUGUAUAUCUGCAGACAUAACUGGUGAUCGUCUGUUCCUUUCCGACAGCAACCAUCAUCGAAUUCUUAUUUUAGAUAGCAGUGGAAAGAUUUUGGACAGUAUUGGUUGUUGCCCAGGUUUUGAGGACGGAGAAUUCGAAUCUGCAAAGAUGCUACGUCCUGCAGCUUCCCUUUAUGAUGAAGAGGAGGAUUGCCUUUACAUUGUAGAUUCUGAGAAUCAUGCCAUUAGAAGAGCAGAUAUGGAGAGACGGGUCCUAGAAACAGUAUACCCCAAACAGAGUGAGAGGAAUAAUAGCGGUAUAUGGUCUUGGGUCAUGAAUAAAUUGGGUCUCAGAAAGGAUGAUGAUACAACAGUUCCUGCUAAUGCAAAAUCAGAUGAAUUUGAUGCUCACUCUCUGAUAUUUCCAUGGCAUAUUCUGAAACAUGAUGAUGACAGUCUUUUAGUUAUCAAUAAAAGCUUUCAGAAAUUAUGGAUGAUGAAUUUAACAUCAGGAGAGAUUGAAGAAGUCGUGGAAGGGAUUCCAAAGAUUUUGGAGAUCUGUGGGCAGUUGAUCAUGGAGAAGCUAUCGCAUUUGAAACAUUUGCCCCCGGGUUGGCUGCAACAGCAAACUGAGGCUUUAAGCUCGUGCAAGGAGAUUCCGGCUGCUGCAUUCUUGUCUUCUUUCACAAACCUCGGAGAUGAUACAGUCAUGGCAGAUAUCGCUGGUCAAAGGGUGUUGAAGCUAAACAGAAAAUCCGGAGCGUGUUCUAGCAUACAAUUCUCAAACCUCGGGAUCCUUGGGUUGCCCUACUGGUUGGCCAUCCCACUGGAGAGAGUUUAUGCUCUAUCUAAUGGAGCUCGGAAAGCAGCCUUUAGUCACACUCAACGUUUUCAGUUGUUGCCAGGUAAAGUUAAGGCACGGUUGAACAUAGAGAUUCCCGCGGGAACAGAGCUCGUUGAACCAUUACAGGAAAGCUGCAUAUGGCGCCAGGCAAGAGGAUCAGCAACUGAUAUGUCGGUUUCGGAAACUGCUGAGGAACCCUCUGAGAAGGUCGGAGUCUCCCAACAGUGGUACGAUGAACUCGACAACCUCGCCUUUCAGACACUCAAUGAUGAAGUAGCUGCAGAAGAAGAAAGUGAUGAUAAGGAUAAACCUUCUGAGGUUAAUUCGGAUGAGAAACAUGUCAACAUCAAUUGCAUUGUGAAUAUAAGUCCUGGUACAAGCCAGCUUAUUGUUUACGCCGCGCUGUACUUGCGGCUCACAAGGAGUAGCAACUCAGAAGACGCAAACCGGGAAGAACUCGCAUCCAGAAUAGCCAAUAUCAUCGUUAACCAAGACAGGAACACGAAAAAUAUGGGCCGAGAUGUGUUCAUUAAACUCUUGUCCGAGUCUAGCGGAGACCUGAGAGACCUCGUCUUCAUGAAGCCGGUGAGCGUCGCUAUAAGCUUGGACUCGAUGGAUCACCCGAAAGCCGAUAACUCGAGAGACAUAAUCUUGACAGACUCCUCCAUUGAAGUACAUGUCUCCCUGUGAAAACGUUGUCUUCUGCAUAUCUGUUGUUUGAUUCUUUCCAGUGUAAUAAUGUAUGUACUGGUGAAAACACAAGUUAUAACUCCUGCAAUGUUUUGUAAUAGUGAUCUUCUUGCAGGAACAUGAAGUGGAUGCCAUUUACAAGGGAUUAUAUUUUUUAA